AUGCUCAUGCCAAUAUAUGGGUAUGACAAGAUGCCAUUAUUACCACUUGAAGAAGCAGUUCUACCACUCGUGUCAAUAAUGCCGUCCAUUCAAGUUUAUGUUCAUGUUGCUAAAGAGCGUUGCGAUGCUAAACCUGCAGACGGUCUUACCAAGGAUGAGUCAGCAUCUAUCAUAUUGUAUACGAUGGAAUGGGAACCGCAGGAACAAUGUCUUCAUUUCGCUUUAAACGAAAUUCUUCGUGCAGAGGACAGACGAAAGUUAAAACCGUGGUUCUCUUAUUUGAAACUUAUUCUUACUGCACUCUCUCAAAUACCAUCUUUUCCACGAUCUGUUUAUUGUGGAGUAAACAAAAACUUAAGUAAAGAAUAUUCAAAAGGAAAAAUAUUCGUUUGGUGGGGUUUUUCUUCAUGUGCAUCAUGUGUUGAAGUACUUGAAAAUGAGCAAUUUUUGGAUAAAACAGGUACAAGAACAUUAUUUACUAUUGAAUGCCUCACUGGCAAAGAUAUUAAUCGACAUUCAUAUUAUCGAUCAGAAGGAGAAUUCCUUCUUCUUCCUGCUCGACAAUUUCAAGUUAUAUCGUGUCUUGAACCAGCAUCGGGUCUUCAUUUGAUUCAAAUAAAAGAACUCAAGCCAACUAUUCCUCUUAUAGAAACAGUGAUCAGCACUAUCGAUACCGAGGAACCAUCAUCUGAAGAGAAAAAGAAACAGUCAGAGAACGCUGAGAAAGAUGUUCAACCAAAAAAUACUUCAAAAUUGUCAGAGACAAAAUCGACUGAAAUUGAAAAAAUCGAUGCUACAAUUGAUAAUGAACGCACGAAAGAAUCAAUUGAAAACGAUAUGCUACAACUUCUUACGUUAAGCGAUAAGAAAAAACAAUAUUUUAUUCUUUCUGAUCUAUUUAAACAUGGUCGACAAUCUUUAGUAAAAUAUUAUGAUUAUCUUAAUCCGGAUACCUAUAAGGCUGCAAUGGAAGGAGAUGAUAGUACAUUGAUGAAAUUAUUAAAAAAAUAUUUUGAAUUACAGUGGAAAAUAGUCCAUAGUUCAAAAAAAUGGUUUAUUCUAUUCUUAAAUGAAUAUAAAAAUGGUGAAAAUCAUCAUUGGUACGAACAAGUUUUAACUCGUACAGCACGAUAUGGUGAUAAGUUUAUCGGACAAUAUGAAAUUUUAUCAAUCGUUUUGCAACUUUUCUUUGAAGGCAUAGAUGAUGAUUAUUUAAAUGGAACAAAUAUAUUUAAUGAACUAUGGUUAACUGUAACACAGAAUGGUUUAAAAUCAAUUACAAAAUAUUCGCAUUAUAUUGUUGAAGAUGUUAUGAAUAAAUUAAUCAAUAAAGAUCCACCAGUAUUAUUUCAAGCGAUACGUGAACAGUGCUGUUUCGAUUUAUUUCCAUUAUUAAAAGAAUGUGCUAUUACAGAUAAGCAAAAUUUAUAUGGAUUAGCGUUAGAUAAUAUUGCUGAACAUGGUUGGAAGAUUGGUUUACAGAGUCUUUGUCACGGUCGUGCUUGUGCCGUAUGUCAUAAAUGUCGUGAUUAUCAUUAUUUGGAUGAUCGCGAUAGUUGGAAUUGGAUCCGCAAUGUGUCUAGUUGGAAUGAAGCUGAUAAGAAGCGCUGGACGGAUAAUUGUAUUUGGAAGCGUUUUGUGCGUCGUGAAGGUGACACUUGUCAUGCUGCCUACGAUAUUAAUAGUGAUAUUGGUAAAUUUAGUAGAGAUCUUGUUAUCGAUGCCGACGAUGUUCACGAUAGUUACAAUAUUGUUCAUUAUAUUGGUAUUGGUUUCUGUGUUAUUUGUUUAUGUGAACGCUAA